GCACAUUUUUGUUAUUGUUGUGGUACUCUAAAAAUUUCUAAAAAACGUUGGAAAUAUUUUGUAAUUUUUCGCUUUUUAAGUGAGUACUCAAGCUUUAAAACAGUGAGAAAUGUCUGAACGAAAAGUCUUAAACAAAUACUACCCACCCGAUUUCGAUCCAUCGAAAAUCCCCCGGGCUAAGCUACCGAAGAAUCGGCAGUACACGGUCCGGUUGAUGGCCCCUUUCAAUAUGCGCUGCGUAACAUGUGGGGAGUACAUCUACAAGGGUAAAAAGUUCAACGCCCGGAAGGAGGAUGUGGAAAAUGAGGAUUAUCUGGGGAUCCGGAUCUAUCGGUUCUAUAUUAAGUGUACUCGCUGUCUGCAGGAGAUUUCGUUUAAAACGGAUCCGAGGAAUACGGAUUAUGAGAUUGAGGCGGGUGCUACGCGUAACUUCAUGGCCCUGAAGUUGGCCGAGGAACAAGCGAGGAGGGAAGAAGAGGAAGCCCGAGAGGAGGAAGCUACUAAUCCGAUGAAGCUGCUGGAAAAUCGAACCCAGCAGUCGCGGAAUGAGAUAGAGCUGCUAGAAUCGCUGGAGGAACUCAGGGAUUUAAACCGGAGGCAGCAGGAUGUAGACUAUGAGCAGAUGCUGCAACAGUACGAUAAUAGCGAGUCGGUCCGGGAACGGGAAGAACGCCAGGAAAGGCAGGAUGAGGAAUUUAUUAAAUCGAUCAAAUUCCAAUCCCGAGCAACCGGAAGUGGAUUGAAGCGCGUAGCUGCCGAAGAAAUAAUCGAAGAAGUUAAACAGGAAGAACCUGGAACUAGCAGCAGCAGCUGUAGUUCAAGUUUAAUUGCACAAAACAGUUCCACAUUUGCUGUUCCGAAAGCGGUGGAAUCAUCGUCAACGAUAAGUAAAGUCAGGAAAAUAGACCAGAGUUCCAGCAGCAUAAGCAUUGGAGUUCGCAAAAGUUCUCUUGCUAAUUUGGUGGUCAAGAAGAAACCGAUUCAAGAAACUUCCGGACCAGGGCCAUCUCAAUCUACGACAACACGUUCGAAAGAAUCUAAUGAAAAGGCAGAUUCUACGGCCAAUCAAACAACGACGACUUCAGACGAUUCUAAGAAAUCUGCACCUCCGCCAGCAGCAGUAAGCGGUCUAGGUCUUCUAGGUGCCUAUUCCGAUAGUGACAAUUCAUCUGAGGGAGAUGAAUAAAAAUAUUAUUUCGACAUUCU